CAAGCAGGUCAGCCAUAUCCGCUGGCAGCACCUUCAAGCACAACAUGACCUUGUUGCGCCUGUCAAGAGGCGCUCUGCGCUGCCUCGAGUCUCUGGCCAAGCCGAGAUGCGUCCAUUCGGCCCCUGUCCUGUCGAGCAUUCCGUCGCAGCGGCUCGCGUUCGCACGACGGGCGACGGUGUCGCCUCCGAAGCCAUUCCUCAUCCCCGGCCGACGGCACAACUCGACGCUGACCUCCGGAGGCGAUGCACGCUCUCCCCAAGAUGCCAAGGACAGCGAGGAUAGAUGGGCGAACACGCCGGCGUACGAGAUGACGUUCACAUGCAAGCAAUGCAACACGCGCUCGACGCACAAGAUGUCGAAGCAGGGCUACCACCACGGCACCGUGGUCAUCACCUGUCCCGGCUGCAAGAACAGACAUCUCAUAUCCGACCACUUGAAGAUCUUCUCCGACAAGCGCGUCACCCUGGAGGAUAUCAUGAAGCAGAAGGGACAAUUGAUCAAGCGAGGCACGCUGAGUGCCGAAGGCGACGUUGAGUUUUGGGAGGACGGCACGGAAGUCAAGCGGGAUCCGCAGUCAUAACCAACCAUACUAUCCUCUCAGAACUUCCAGUCAACCUCGUGGAACGAAGCCGCGUUACAAAAGUCCAGAGAAAGACACAGCUACACCUUGCUCCGCCUGUUUUCAUCUUCUGCAUUUGCGCAUUAUUCUAGGAUGAGACUCUGCAAGUCUGCUAGACGGACACGAAGACGCGCAUAUAUGCAUAAGGACGGCGUUGGUAAUGAUACCCACACUCUGGAAGAACUAGACAGACUUGGCUUUUGCUGUGCAUACGUCUGUAAUAUAAGGCAAAUCUAUCUUUGCCGUAGUGUUCAAUUUUUCUUGUCCUUUUUCACGUGUCACGACUUAUGCUUCAUGUAUCUGAUCACGCUGUCGUUACACAGUGUGCAGAGUUACAGCAGCCUCGUCAUAUUAUCACAGCCAGCAACAAGAAGCUAUCAGCGGAAGACGGCCAAGGGACCGAGCGCAAGCCUUCGUCCUAUUUUCCCGAAGCAAAAUUGGACACCAGAC